AUGAGCACUCGACGCGGUGACAUGGCAUGGUAUAGACCCGGACCCCUUCCGGCAGCAUGGCUGCUGAUGCUGGCACUACUAUUGAUACAGCUAGCAUCUGUGCUUGGAUUUGGCAAUGAGUAUGUUCACAUCAAGGUUCAUGUGCCCAAGGAGGAGGCAGCGGUGGAACCGGACUUGGGCGCCCACAAGGUUAUCCAUCAUUACCACCACCAUCCGCAUCCCCAUCAGUUGUUGAGGUCCCGCUCAAGGCCUCGGCCCAAGCCCAGUCCUCUGCUGGAGAGCGUAAUCCUCUCGGAUCUGGAUAAACCGCUGCACAUGAGCGAGCAUGCAGAUUACUUGAACCACGCUAAGGAACUGGCGGACCACCUCACAGAGACAUAUGCCAAGAAGGCUCCUCCUCCGGCUCCGGUGCCGCCCAAGAAGAAGGUAAAUACGUAUACCAUCAUUGAGGAGCAGCACAGGCCGCACGGCUAUGACUACGAGGAUCACCAGGAGCACAGUGUGGACACCUAUCGGGUGAUUGAGUCGCGUCCCAAGCAGCAGCAGCAGCAUCAUCAUCACCACACCGACGAGGAGGACGAGGAUGUGGGCUAUCACUAUUCAGCGACGAAGACACAUCACCAUGGUCAUCUCCAUGGAAUCGGUGCUUAUGCGGAACCGGCGCCCGUCGAGGAGCAUGUGGAGCAGGAGCCAGAUCAUGGCUACCACUACUCACCUCCCAGCCAUGCCUAUAUUCCGCCAAACCAUAGUCACGCCCAUCGCAGCUCCAAGGCGAACAGAGCUCCAGCUUAUACCCUGGAAGCACCCGAUGAAGCCGCCAACUACGGAUACGACUAUUCCAGACCAGCUGGAGCGGGUGGCAGUAGCAGCGACUUCCGUCCCUCCGUACAGGUGCCAAGCAGCGAUCCAUAUGGGGAUGAGGAGCAGCCGGCGGACACGUACGGAGCACCGCCGCUAUCCCUAGCCACGCGACGACGUCGUCCGCCUCUCGUGGACUGGCCGGAGUCCACGGGAUUCGGCGGCGGCAGUGCUGCAGAUACCUACAGCGGCGUGGACAGCUAUAAUGUAGGACAUGUCCAGGGCUAUGGAUCUAGUGGGUAUCAGUUCCACGGGCCCUAUCUGUAGGUUGUGAGCAGCACCUCGCCUAAUCUAAGAUCUAUUUAUUUAGUGUUUUUUUGUAGUUCCGUAAG